AUGCCGGAGUCGAAUGUUUCGUCAGACGAGGAGCAAGAGUCGACCGUGCCCACGUGCGACGUUUGCCGUGUUGAAAUCGACUUGCUAAAACCGAUUAAACAUGCAACCUGCGAUGCCUGCAGGUGUCUCGUUCAUUUUGAUUGUGAUGAUAUCUCUGCAACCGACCAGAGAAGCCUCGCUCUAAAAUCGAAUCGGAAGCUAAAAUACUACUGCAACGAUUGCUCCGUUGGCCUUCGUGGAGUUCCAAAAGUUCUCAAGAAAAUUGCCGCCAUUGAAGCCACGGUGCAUAAACUCGAUAAAUUCGCCGACUCCAUGACACUUUUUUGCACCGAGGUGAAAACUGAGAUAGAGGAAAUGAGGUCCAGGAUUGAUGUUUUGGAAAAGCGUCCAACUGUGGCAGGGAGUAGCAACCUGACUAUAUCCGGAAUUGUUGAGGAGAUCGCAGCGAGACAGUCAAAAGAAAAGAAUCUUUUUUUCUAUGAAGUGGCGGAAUCUCAGAGCAAAGACAUUGACGUACGCAUAAAACAUGAUGAGCAGCUUGUGUACACGUUAUUGGAGGCCCUGGAGGAACCGAAUGUGAAAUUUCUGAAAGUCAUUAGAAUUCCAUCAAAAACAUCUCCCCGUCCACUAAAAGUUAUUUUUGAAAACAAAGACACCGUCAUGAAGCUCUUGAGGAAGAGGUCAGCUAACAGACAGAAGGUCAAGUUCCAGGCCGAUUUCACCAAAUCCCAGACUGAGCACUACAAAAACAUCAAGCGCGAAUUACAAAAGCCUGAGAAUCUAGGGAAAAAGCAGAUUAGCAAAAAACGACCGUUCCACCUCUAUUAUCAGAACGUGAGGGGUCUCAAAACGAAGCUGAAUUCUCUCCUGGAUAUCGAGGCGCAACCCAUUCAACCUGACGUCGUGUUGUUUACAGAGACUUUCCUGGAUUCUGGUAUCCACGACCAAGAACUCAACCUACAUAACUACCACAUCUUCAGGAGGGACAGAGACAAAAUACAAACUCAAAAAGAAACCGGAGGAGGUGUGUUGAUAGCGGUACAUAAGCGUCAUAAAAGUAUCCUUUUGUCACAACAAUUCGGAUCGACUGAACAUAUCUUCAUACGGGUUUUCGCUUAUGAUAAAAAGAUAAACAUAGGCUGUGUUUAUCUGCCCCCUCAUUCUCCAUCUGAGAACUAUAUUGAACACUGUAACGCUAUCGAUACAUUAGAUAUUGAUUCUAACGACUUAACUUAUAUUUUCGGUGAUUAUAAUUUGCCAAAAGUUGUGUGGCACAAUGAUACUAUAGGCACGUCUGCUUUAUCUGCAGACGACUGUUUAAAAGAGAUUUCUGAUAAUGCGCAAAUUAUUUCUAACACAUGUAGUUUAUAUAAUUUACAUCAGCUUAAUAAUAUAAAAAAUGAUAAUCAACAAAUAUUAGAUCUGUGUCUUUUUUCUGAUUUGAAUGCUUCAGUGUCGAAACAUAAUGAUCCUCUUGUUAAAUGCGAUAAACAUCACCCUGCCUUGAUAGUUUCCUCUAAUUUAUCAUAUGAAACACAGCCAGUUAACUUUACAUUUUCUCAACCAACUUUCGAUUUUAAACACGCUGAUUUAGAAAAGAUUGAUUCCGAUUUGUUCGAUACUGAUUGGUCAGUUUUGAAUACACUUUCUACAGACGCAGCGAUUGAACACUUUUAUUCUGUCAUUUAUAACUUAUUCGAAAAGCACAUACCAAAAAUUACCCAUGAAAUAAAUAACUCAAAAUCUUUCUUUUUUGACAAAAAAUUGAUAUAUUUACAUCGUUUAAAAAGACAAGCGCAUUUUAGGUUCAAAACAACAGGGUUAAUAGCUGACAGAAUUGAGUUCUCAAGACUACGAGCUGAAUGUAAAAAACAACUGCGUAAAAAUAAUAACAAAAAAAUCGAUAAUCUUGAAAAGUCAAUUUAUGCAGAUAUUAAAUCUUUUUGGAGAUACGUAAAUAGUAAAAAAUCAAAUCAUGGUCUUCCGAAUAUAAUGCUUCUUAAUGAUAGAACUGCCUCAAACUACUUGGAUAUUGUUAAUUUAUUAGCUGAUCAUUUCGAUUCAUGCUAUGUUACUCCUGCCGAUAAUAUAACAUCGGAAAAUUUUGAUGUUUNAAAAAUUAGAAGAAGUGGCUGA